AAUUUGUCCGAAUAUAAUAAUAUGGUUGUUUGUUGACAUAUAUAAUAUCAAUCAAAUGGAUAUGUAAUUUAACAGAGAUGAAAUGUCGAACCAUCCUUAUCUUGUUAGUAUUGUUUGAUGGAGGGGUACAUAGCCUGUCAUUUGGAAAGUAUCAGGAUGAUUCCAGCAUCCCAAUGGACAAAGCAAAAGUUACCAUAACAUCAGACAUCGCCAUUGAUAUUUCAUCACAAAGUGAAGAAUGUAAUGGGUGCACCCUAGUUCCAUUAGCUAUUAAUGUAUCGAAAAUAACGGUGUUAGUUGACACAAGAUGGAAAACAAGAUUGAAUAUAACAACAGAUCUAGAGAAUGUGAGGAAAACUUCAAACUGCAGUGAAGUGCAUUUGUCAAUGCAUUUUAAAGAACAAGGAAGAUACACAAUACAUGUAACUGCAACUGGUGGACUUUGGUGUGUUCUUGAGCUUACAAAUUCACCAAAAAGUUCAUUCAUUGCACUAUAUGCAGCGGCUGGUAUUUUCUUUGCUGUUGCUUUAUUAUGGUGGUUUUUAACAAAGUACUGUUGGGAUAAGCUUUAUCAAAAGAUCUAUCCAAACGACGGUGAAAAUGAACCCCUUAUUGAUCAGGUCACGAUAAGCCAUGAUGGUUCACUGAAACAUAGUCACGGUGGUUUGAUAUCAUCAGUUAGUCUUACAUCAUCAACAGAAAUACACGAAUCAGGUAAACAUGGUUCAUCACAGAAUCUUCAAGGUGCCCGUGAAUCCCCAGAUGCUAAACCAAAGAAAGAGAGGCUAAAAUCAUUGGACACAUUUAGAGGAAUAAGCAUAGUAAUAAUGGUUUUCGUGAAUUAUGGCGGUGGUGGAUACUGGUUUUUCAGUCAUUCAAAAUGGAACGGAUUGACAGUUGCAGAUUUAGUUUUUCCGUGGUUCAUCUUUAUCAUGGGUACAUCUAUGAUUUAUUCCUUCACGAGUCUUUUGAGGAAUGAUACACCAAAGCACAAGAUUUUUUUGAAGAUAUUAAGACGAUCAUGUAUACUCUUUAUACUUGGACUUAUCAUAAAUACAAAUGGAAGUUCUUCUAUCAAGAUGACAGAACUAAGAAUACCCGGAGUUCUACAAAGAUUUGCUGUUACUUAUCUCAUUACAGCCACAGUGCACAUGUUUGUUGCUAAACUCCCGGAUACGGUAAUUAUGUUUGAGAAAAAUGUUUAUAGAAUGUCACUUUUCAAAAACAGAUAUAAAGAUAUAUCCAACUACUGGGCGGAGUGGAUUAUUAUUUCUUUGUUUAUAUUAGCUCAUACAUGCCUUACAUUUCUGCUAUAUGUUCCUGGCUGCAAAAAAGGGUACCUUGGGCCAGGAGGACUAGACGACAAUAGCACUCAUCUUUAUUGUACCGGAGGAACAGCAGGUUAUAUAGACAGAAAGGUUUUUGGAGAAAAGCAUAUUUUAGGAUCUCCUACGUGUAAGGAAAUUUAUCACAACGUCCUGUCACAUGAACCGGAAGGAUUACUUGGAACCCUAACAUCUUGUGUUCUUUGCUUUCUCGGACUUCAAGCAGGCAAAAUUCUUUGUACAUACAAAAGCAGAUUAGACAGAGUAGUGCGAUUCUGUACAUGGGGAAUUGUUUUGUGUCUGUUAGCAGGAAUUUUGUGUAAUUUUAGGAAAAACGAUGGAUGGAUUCCUAUCAACAAAAACUUAUGGUCUUUAUCGUUUGUGUUCUGCCUUGGUGGUUUUGCAUUCCUUCUGUUGUGUUUUUGCUAUUUGAUGAUAGAUGAAUGGAAAAUAUGGAAUGGAGCACCAUUUUAUUACCCAGGUAUGAAUGCCAUAUUGGUAUAUAUGGGACACGAACUUUUGCAUAAGAACUUUCCAGUUAGUUGGGACGUCCCAGAAACACAUGCGAGUAAACUUGCAAUAGACCUCUACGGUGCAAGUUUAUGGGUCAUAGUAGCUACAUAUUUAUACUAUAAGAAAUCAUUUUAUGUAAUAUAAAAUUGUCAUUAAAUUAAUUUUAUUCUUACCAUUGCAAAACAUGUUGCACAUGUCAUUUUAUCUAUAGAUUUAUACUAUAAGAAAUCAUUUUAUGAAAUUUAGAAUAGUUAUUAAAUUUAUUUUAUUCUGGACAGUGCAAAACAUGAUGCAUAAUUCAAUACGAAACCUUUAUUUAACCAAUCAUUACCCAUA